GCAAGACAGCAAGUGAGCGAGAGAGAGAGAGAGAGAGAGAGAGAUUUUUGAGGUGCACCACAUUUUGUAGACUAGCUUCAUUUAUUCAGUUAAAAAAAGGAGAAAGGACAGCAAAACAACAAGAACUGGAGAUUAAAAACAAAACCCAAAAAAUAGUGAGCCCAGAGUCAGUCCUGUUGGGACUCUUCUAAUGCAGUGAUGAACGUGACAGAUUAUGACACAUACGUCAACUACAGCUGUAACCACAGCUUUUACAGUCACACAUCGGGAAAUGGCACCAUUUUCGAGCACCCCUUCUCUCCAGUCAUGGACAAGGCCAUCAGUGGCAUCACCAUCAUCAUCCUCUUUAUCACUAUGAUUUCCCUGGGCUGCACCAUGGAGAUAGAGAAGAUUAAGCACCACAUUGUCAGGCCGAGAGGUGUGGCCAUAGCGGUGGUGGCUCAAUUCGGAAUAAUGCCUCUCACGGCCUUCUGUCUGGCCAAGAUCCUCCAGCUCAGACUCAUUGAGUCCAUCACAGUACUCAUCUGUGGAUGCUGUCCAGGUGGAAAUCUCUCCAACAUUUUUGCCUUAGCUCUACAAGGAGACAUGAACUUGAGUAUCGUGAUGACCACAUGCUCUACAGUCUUGGCAUUAGGAGCAAUGCCCCUUCUUCUGUAUCUGUACGGCCAAGGGUUCUCUGGUCUGGAGAGUGCAAUUCCCUACGCUGGGAUUUUUAUUGCACUCAUCAUGACUUUAUUGCCCUGUGCUGUAGGAAUUGCCAUCAAUCACUGGGCACCACGUUACUCCGAAAUCGUAACCAAGGUGGGUCUUAGCAUCUUGCUCAUAGCCACUGUGGUGAUUGGUGUGAUGUGUGGCAUCACAUUAAGAGAAACAGUAUGGAUUGUGCUCUCACCUAAAAUCAUGGCUGUGGCUUUUCUCAUGCCCUUCAUAGGCUACAUGUUAGGCUACACCAUGUCCAUCAUCUUCAAACAGAAUGGCCCAUGCAGGAGGACAAUCGCUAUGGAGACCGGCUGUCAAAACAUCCAGCUGUGCUCAACAAUUUUGAAAGUGGCAUUCCCUCCAGAGGAAAUCGGCCCCUUGUAUCUCUUUCCACUCAUUUACAUUGUAUUCCAGGGUGCUGAAGCGCUCUUCCUUAUUUUCCUCUUCAGAAUGUACCGAAGGUUUACACCCUCAAACGAAGAUCCUGUAAAGAAAGCUGAAUAUAUGGAGGCGAAUGUGUCUUAAUAAGACUUCAUCUGGAUUGCAGUAUAAUACAAGGGAUAUAAUACAGAGCAUUAACAGCUGGUGUGGAGGUUGAGGUGAGCUCUCCAGCUACUCCAAACACAGAGCAUAUGGAACUUUCAUAAAAAAAAGGGAAAAGAUGCUAAGAUUUUUGAAGAUGACUUUUACAUUUUUUUUAAACAAAAAGGCUGAUUUUGUUUAUUUAAA